GCCCUUCUUGAGCGAAGUGGGGAGUGGGGGGGGAUUAAUGAAUGCAUAUAAAUGACUGUGGGUAUCCAUGGCCGGUUGGGUUGUUCAUAUGGUAAUCGACACGCAUUAUGCAUGCACAUUUUUCUUGUCCCUCCUGUCGUUUGCGUGCAAUUAAAUAGCAGUACAUGUUACUGUCUGCGAACAGGUGAUUCCCCAUUGAUGUAUGGUGGCCUGUUUCGGCAUGCGUUUAAACAAUGGAUUAUUUGACGAUUCUCUUCUUUAGCACCGUACGUAGCCAUCCGUGCUCAUCUCCGGACACUUUACGGGAAAAAAAAACAAGUGGGCAUGUUUAUUUGGUAUCGAGAGAGAGAGAGAGUCAUCGUCAGAGGGAAAAAGGAAGAUCUUGUGCCUGGAACAGAAAAGGGGUAGGAGGGAGUCAAUACGGAGGAUCACUGGGAGAAGGGAGACGGUGGUGGGAGUGGAGGAGAAUGCACGACACCCCACUGAGCAGAAUCAGAAAUCUUUAUUUAGACCGGACGAGGAAUCCGAUGAGCUAUGAAGCCAGCGAGUUACAACAGCAAAUGAUAGAGAAAAAAACGAUUGGAGUGCAAAAUAGAGAAAAAACUUAAGCAAGUCACUAAAUAUAGGUUAUAAAUAAAUAAAUGUAUUAUAUGAGUCCGAUGUCAAGCUUGGCCAAGGCAGCAAAACACGACAACAAAAAUAGUCCCAGACCACACCAAGAUAGCACAGAAGUAGUCCCUCAAUAAAAAAAAUGGCUCGUUAACAUUGCACCAUCGAUACACAGGUAAGGAUUCAAGUUACAAAUCACAUUUACGAAUAUGGCUGUAUCCGGCACUAAUCUUCUGCUUCAGGAUAUUUUCGGAACGUACAUUUCAUUUACGAUUUUGAAGGGAAGAAACAAGGUUGUUCCAAAGCAUCGGUGCUGCAAAGGCAAAAUGCUUCGUCACCUAUUCUUGUUCUGGGGCUAUUUAAAAGGCAAUUAUAUGGACACCUUGGGUUUCGCAAUGGGGAUAAUAAAUUGGCUAAGUAUAGCGCAGAGUUUGCCAAAUAAGGAUUUUAUGGAUGAGCAACAGUUGCCUGUGGGCCUUGAAAGAGAAAGCUUUGGGUUGCUGGAGCGGAGAUUGCGUACGAGGGAGUUGAGAUGAGAGGGGGAGAGGUGGGCAAGGGAUGAGCCCACAGAGGAUUCUGAAGGUGGUGAGUGCGAUCGUGAACCUGAUCCGAGAUCGGACUCGGAGCCACACAUUGGAGUAGAGAAGGAGGAUGAAAUAUGCCAACAGAGUCAAAUGCUUGUCUUCUUGAUUGUCACAACAGACUUCUUGGCGCAUGUUCCAGUCCAUGCCGCUGGUUGUCAUCGGCAUUUUAUUCGGUGCACCAAACAAACGAGGUGCAACAACUAUCCUUCGGCAGGGUAACGUGCGGUGAUCCUUGCCUGGUACGGCUGAAAGUGCAACAUGAGUGAUGACCAUUGCUCAGGGGACAAAGACAUCCACACGUGUAUCAGGCUUUUAAGAGCAGCUUUUAAUGACGAGGGUUUAGCAUGUUUAACGGUUCUUUAAAUGGCCCCAGUCACACGAGGGGAAGAGCAAUAAAGAUGUUUUUUUUUCGCGGUGACUCGCGUUCCGAGGCAGGUGGAAACAGCUGGGAUGGAAAAUAACAUUAACCUUGUGGAAGCGUCAUUUCUGGGAAACUGGUGUGUGUUGCCACGCGUGACUUUGCCAGCGCAGUGGAUAUCGGUGUGGGCACCCCCCCCCCCUACCCGGGGUCACAUUCACACAAGAACACCUGAAGUUGUGAUACGGUUUGCGCAUUUAUAUAGGCCCGACUAAGCUUGACUCAGCGUGCCACGCCGGUACCGAUACGACACCUCCUCGAGAUCCCUGCAAGCAUUUUUUUGUGAUCUGAGACAAAAAAACAUUCGUUGGUUUUGUGGUGGAGCGCACACAGCAUUCAGCGGUACACUCCACCGCAGAAAAAAAAACACAUUUACGUGACAUCGUUUGGAAAAGAACGUAACGCCAAGUGUUUUUUUUCUAAACCUUCGGACUAUAACUUAUGAUGGGAUCUCUGAUGAGAGUGACACGUCUGUGUGUAAAUUGCCGAGGUAUAAUUUAGGUGCGCGGACAGCUCGCAACUUUGAAGCGAAGUCUCAUCUUCCCCUUGAACGACCGGUGCCCCUUGAUGUGAUGGGAUAAUUCGCUGUAAGAUGUGCGGUGGAAGCUGGGCUGUAAAGCCUGUUCUAAGGGGGCUCUCCCAUAUCAGCCUUACAGUCCGUUUGCCGAUUCUCAUGUUUUCUACCUGUUUACAUUCGGUGACGGCUUGCACAUGGUUAAAAAAAAAACGUGCGCGAUGUUCAAUGAUCUGAAAACAAAUAUCCUCAAGCACCUAAGUGGCAGCGUCAAAAUGUAUGCGCGGCUCCGGGGUGUGUAUAACAUAUCUUUAUUUGCUUUGGAGAUGGGUAACUUGAUGCAGCCAUAUGAUGUAGAGGGCAAUGGGACAUGGGAGAGCUUCUUGAAACGCCAGAAAAAUGUAAAUGACAUCAGCUCGUCCAGAUUUCACUGGAUGCUUCACACAAGACAAUUAAAGUUUAACUUUCCUAUUUUGAAGGCAACGCUGACAGAUAUGCAACGCGUGGACAUGUAAUGAUUUCCCUGGUUUGUUUGCAUUUCAAUAUAUUAUUCAGUGCUGUGGGUUUUGUUUAGUGUUCACGUGAGCCAGUGAUAAAAAUAGGAUCAUAGGUUGUUUACAUUCCAUUCAUUUAACUUGCAUAUCAUAUGAAGGCUGCAUACAGGGUUUUUGAUUAUGCUGCUUCUGGCAGAAGGUGUAAUGCAUGCGAAGUCUAUUUAUAAGCUACAGAUCCGCUGUCAUGCGAUGAUCUAUAUAUAGACCUGGCAGAUGGUAUAGGUAUGUUGUGGGGAGCAAGCUUCCAAAGAUGUAUGAAGGCUGCUUAUAGGCUUUUGUAACAAAUCGUUGCUGCAUGUUUUAAACUUAAAUUCUUUGCAAUGCACACGCAUAAAUGUGAUGCCUUGGUGAAAUACACUUGAGCUCGUGUUCAAACUCACAUGUCUAUUUUAGGAGCUUACAAACUGCUGCCAAUAAUUUACUGUAUAUCUGCUUCUUAGACCGACUAAACCGCUUGAACAAGUGCACAUCCGAAGCAUAAACUCUACGGGGGCCCUUCCCUCCCGCUGGUGCGCGAGGAGCCCGGGGCCACGAUGCCAGCCGUGGACCCUGCAGCGCGUGAGCAGCAGCUGCAGACUGAGCUGCUGCAGCUGAAGCAGCAGCACCAGCUUCAGCAGCAGCUGCUGCUCGCAGAUUUCCAGCAGAGGCAGGAACAGCUGGCCCGGCAACACCAGGCUCAGCUCCAUGACUACAUCAAGCAGCAGCAGCAGGUGCUGGCGCUCAAGAAGCAGCAGGAGCUGCUUGCCGUGCAGAGGCGCGAGCGCGAGCGGCUGGAACAGCAGAAGCGGGAGCUGGAGCUCGAGCUGGAGCUCGAGAGCCAGCGGCACGAGCAGCACCUGCAGGUGCUGCGCAACAAGGAGCGUGGGCGAGAGAGCCAGUGCCACGCCAACACUGGGCUGCCAAAGCAGCGAGGUGCAGUGGCAAGCUCCGAGGUGAAGCAGAGGCUACAGGAGUUUGUUCUCAGCAAAAAGCAGAGGGAGGCGGCUGGAGGCUCGAUCAGCAUACCCCUGUCUCAGCAGUACAAACUCUGGAUGCCCCAUUACGGAUCCUUGGACCAGAAUUCCACGCAACAAAAUAUGUCGCCACCCAACUAUCAGCAGUCUCUCGGCACUUAUGACCCAAACAAUGAUUUUCCUCUCCGUAAAACAGCGUCGGAGCCAAACCUAAAACUGCGCUCACGGCUUAAACAGAAGGUGGCGGAGCGGAGGAGCAGCCCACUGUUGCGCCGGAAGGGGCCCAUGUCUGCUGCCGUAGCUGCCAAGAAGAGGCCAAUGGAGAUGGCGGAAUCCCCGCUGAGCGGCAGUGCGCCUGGUUCAGGUCCCAGCUCCCCCGGCAACAGCACGGGCGGCGGCAUCGCCACCGAGAACGGAACAGCGGGGCCCCACCUGCCCUCCCAGCCAGAGCAUGCCUUAACCCAGCGUCAAACAAUGGCACCUGAAGGAGUAGCAUGUCCCCUGAGCCUCUAUACUUCUCCCUCGCUGCCCAACAUCUCACUGGGCCUGCCCCUCUCAAUGACCGCUCACAACUCGCAGCUGACGGCCACGAUGGCACUUUCUGCCAAGCAACAGCAGGCAGAGCGAGUGGCAAUGCCGGGACAGUUUCUGCCGCCGCUGCCCCUCUACCUGGCCGCUCGUGCUGUCAAUGGAGAAGGCCAGCACCCAGGGCAGGGCCAGGCGCAGGGGCACGUUGUCAGCCUCAGCCAGAGCUGCAGCCAGCCGAACCUGUUGCAGUCGGCACGCCUGCAGAGUGAGCAAGCCCGCCCUCCGCACCCAAAACACACAGAGCGUGCCCGGCUGCCGCGGCACCGCAGCCUGAGCCGCACUCACUCGGCGCCGCUGCCCACGUGCCCUCAGGCCCUGCAGCAGCUGGUCCUGCAGCAGCAGCACCAGCAGUUCCUGGAACGUCAGAAGCAGCAGCUUGGCAAGGGUGGCGAGCAGCAGGCCGGUGUGCCGUGCAGCAGCCCGCCCCGGGGCACCGAGACGGCCCAGGCCAGGGAGGCCGAGCCCACGGCUAUGCACGAGGAGAGCGGUGGGGCCGGCCGGGGCGACGGCGGCGGGGUCGGGAGGGGCCACGGCGGCCGCCCCGGGGACUCCGUGGGGGGUCAGGUCGUGGUCAAACAGGAGCCCGUCGACGUGGAGCAGGAGGAGGACGGGGAGGUGGAGGUGGGGCAGCAGCAGGGGAUGGAGGAGGCGGACGAGGAGCGGCGGCAGCAGAUGCAGGUGGCCAAGCAGCAGCAGCUGCUGCUUCUCAAGCAGCACCAGGCGCUGUUGCUGGAGCAGCAGAGAGCCCAGCACCACCAACAGAUGAGGGUUUACCAGGGCCAGAUCGCGUCCGGGGGGCUGCAGUUCCGCCCGCCGUCCCACCGGCCCCUCUUCCGCACGCAGUCCUCCCCAGCGUGCACGCUCUUCGCGCAGGCCGGCGGACAGGAGCAGGCGACCACCAAGCUGAGAUUCACCACAGGAGUGGUGUACGACUCCCUCAUGCUCAAGCACCAGUGCUCCUGCGGAAACAACAACAACCACCCCGAGCACGCAGGGAGGAUACAGAGCAUUUGGUCUCGGCUGCAGGAGAGGGGCCUCCUCCGCAAGUGUGAGAGGGUACGUGGUCGGAAAGCAACUCUGGAGGAAAUUGAGAUGGUACAUUCUGAACAGCACGCUCUUCUCUACAGCACUAACCCACUCAACCGACAAAAGCUCGACAGCAAGAAACUGCUCGGCUCCCUAUCCCAGAAGAUGUUUGGACUGCUCCCUUGUGGCGGCCUCGGGGUGGACAGCGACACGGUUUGGAACGAGCUGCAUUCAGCCAGCGCCGCACGGAUGGCGGCCGGCUGCGUGAGCGAACUCGCAUGCAAGGUGGCCUCGGGGGAGCUGAAGAACGGCUUUGCCGUGGUGCGACCCCCGGGUCACCAUGCUGAAGAAUCGGCCGCUAUGGGUUUUUGUUUUUUUAACUCCGUGGCCAUCGCGGCAAAGCUGUUGCAGCAGAAGUUCAACGUGAGGAAGAUUCUCAUCAUCGACUGGGACGUACACCACGGCAACGGGACGCAGCAGGCGUUCUACGGCGACGCCUCCAUCCUCUACCUCUCCCUGCACCGCUACGACGGAGGGAACUUCUUCCCGGGGAGUGGGGCGUCAGAGGAGGUUGGCACAGGGGCUGGCAUCGGCUUCAAUGUGAACAUCGCCUGGACAGGAGGGCUGGACCCUCCCAUGGGGGAUGCUGAGUACCUCGCAGCCUUCAGGACGGUGGUGCUACCGAUUGCCAACGAGUUCUCUCCAGACGUGGUGCUGGUCUCGUCAGGUUUUGAUGCGGCAGAGGGGCAUCCACCACCUCUUGGGGGAUACAAGGUUUCAGCAAAGUGUUUUGGCCACUUGACGCGGCAGCUGAUGGGGCUGGCGGGCGGUCGCGUGGUAAUGGCCCUCGAGGGUGGCCAUGACCUGGCGGCUAUCUGUGACGGCUCCGAGUCCUGCAUCUCGGCCCUGCUCGGCAAUGAGCUGGAGCCUCUCUCCAUGGACAUCCUUCAACAGCAGCCCAACCCUAACGCCGUGGUCUCUCUAGAGAAGGUCAUCGACAUCCAGAGCAAGUACUGGAAGUCUGUGGCCCACUUCGCCUCCAAUGUUGGCCACUCCCUGGUGGAGUCACAGCAGCACGAGGUGGAGGAGACGGAGACCAUCACCGCCCUGGCGUCGCUCUCCAUGGACGUGGAGCAGGCGCGCAGCUUGCACGCACAGCCCAGGUCAACCGAGGAGACUAUGGAGCCAAUGGAAGCGGAGCCUGCUGUUUAGAGGUCACGGAGUGAACUUCCCGUGUACCCACGAGAGGGGAAAAACAACACACUCCUUCCCUUUGCUUCCCGCUGCCACCUUCUUUCAGCGUCUCUGGUUGCACUUCCCUCUCAUUCAGAUAAACUCAAUAAUCAACAGCCUUUUUUUAUUACAGAGGAUCGGUGAAUAAGAGUAAUCUUUUUUUAUUUUUUUUGUAUCGUUUAAAUAAACACCUUAGAAUGUGUCUGUGCUGCUUCUGACUUUUAAAAUGAGGCCCUCCAUCUCUCUGGAGGGUUGGGGGGGGGGGGGCGCUGUACAUUAAUUUUGCAUCCUCGCCUGGAGUGAGGACGUUGAGACUGAUGUUAACGCUGCCUUUGACAAGUACACUUCAGCAUUUAUUUAGAGUAUACUGCCGAGACCGUUUUAUUUUUUAAUUGUAGUCGAAGGCAGUUGUUUAAAACAGCUUACGGAGUAUGUACUACAGUAUACAUUGUGCAAUCUUAGCUCUUUUUGUAUUUUUUUCUGAACAGAGGUUUUGCUAUCGGUCCAUAGCACAUCGAGUGCAUGUUGUUUUGGCACAAAGAGAGACCUCUUACUGUCUGCCACCUUCAAUGAAAAGUGUCAUCAAAGCUUUAGCGGAAGGUUCCUUCACCAUGAAUUUUAAAUGUCGUUAUGUUUGUUUAAAUUCUCUCACAUAUUUUUUGCCAUUCAAGGAAUUACGUUUCAUCACCUGUACUCAUAAAAUGUGACAAAGCGGUCGGGUGUGUGGGUAUUUCCCGCACUUAUGCGAGGUAUGGUGUUGUUGUUUUAGAAGGAGACAAUAUGCGGCAAACAUUUUAUAAGUAACGAACAACAAUCUUCGACAAUCUAUUGGGCAGUAAGCCAAUCCAAAGGUUGCUGAAUUAAGCCAUCAAUGUCAGUGUCUUGAGUGUUAUUCUGUUGGAAGAUGCAAUCGAACAUGACAUUUAGAUUCAUAUGCCUUGCUUAAAUUGGGUUAAUGAGCUCUAGUAUUAUACGUCUCGUGAGAUGUCGAAUCAAGGGUAAGCCUUCCUCCAAUCGCUUAUUUUUCAAUUGGAAAAUUACAGAUUAUUUGCACUUUUGUUUUCAUGUACAGAAAAUAUAAAUUAUAAAUAUCUUGUCAAGUGCACGGAUAGGUACCGGAAAGCCAUCACUCAGUAAGUUGUUGCCCCAGCACUAAUGAUUUAAGGUUUUAAAUAAAAUGAAAUCAAAGCACAGCUCUCUUCAAGCAACGUUGAAGCAGUAGGACUUGUUUUGCAUAACGGCCUCAUUAACAACAUUUUGUACAUUGGCGGUGCUUUGUAAAAGGAAUCUUGCCAGCAAUGUCCACGCUUUCCUGAGUGACUUAAUUAUUACUUCAGCGAGGGCAAGGGGGUUGGGCCGAUGAUGCAGAGGUGAUGGUGUGGGGCAGUGGGAGUAAGCUGCAUAAACAAUCACAGGGGCACCUUGCAAUCGUGGGGGGGCGGGGGGGGGUGAGAGGUUUUCAGUUUCCUCCCCGGCCAGAAGAAAGCGGCCCAUCACGUACGUAGACUGUGCAUUUGCCAGCUGCCCAAUACUUUGACAUGGCAGCCUUUUGCAUUGCAGUUUAAUGUUGUCCCCUGAUCAUCUCCGUAGCUGCCUCCUGUGUUUGUAUAUUUCAUUGAUUUUUGGAUAAGAACAAGGUUCUUCUUUUUUAUGGGUCGUUAACCACUCACCUCCGUUCAUGCCCCUCUUUGAACCCUUUGGGUGUCUGUAUAUGUUUUACAAGUGAUAUUUUUUUUCCCGAAAUAACACUUGUUUUGUGCAUAUUUUGUUUGAGAAAUUAUUGUUUGGGCGCACAUGCUGUAUUUACACAUUUGUUUAAUAUAUUUUCUAUAUCGCGUAGUUUUUGAAAGAAGACAAAAUGUGCUUUACGGUGUGUAAAAUUGUGUAUAUUAUUGUUUAACAGAACCGCAAUGUGAAUAUCACUUGACGGAAAGACUGCAUUACAUCAAAACUGUGGGGUCUUUUUUUUAGGUUGGCUUAAAACACUGAACUGAAAGUAUCUAGGCAUGCCUUGCCUUAAAAAACAAAACUAGUGUGCACGUGGCUCGAUAUGCUUGGUAUAAAUACAGGAUACUGUCAAACAGCUCACUGUUUAAGAAUGCAAUCCCUGUUUAUACUGAAGCUGUCCAUUGACGAACGCAAAUUAGUGAUCUGUGUAAUGUGUUCUCUAACCCUGAUGUAGGCACCUCCCAGUAGCAACACACUAAGCAUUAUCUGCCAACUAUAGACGUCUAAUAUUAAAAGUGCAAUAAGUAA